UUACUGAGUCAACACCAACGAUUCACACCUAUACAUGCACCUAUACAUACAAAUCGUCUCUCGAUCUGUUAUUUCUCAAGUCCCAGAAAUAUGAAAUUUCUCUUAAUGUUCGAUGGAAAUCCUAAACCUAGCCCGAAUUGGUUUACUAAAAUCGUCCAAAUGCUGCCUUGGUUCAAUUCUACUUGCUAAAUUCAAUUUCUCUUUCUUCUUAUUCGGUGGUUAGUUAAUGAAACCCCAAUUUUAUUCUUGUGAUCAUCAGAUCAAAAUAUUUGGUUCUUUCUGUAGUUCUUUUCCUUUUUCUUAAUUUCUAUGUCGUUAAUAAUUAGUGUAGAGAUUUUUAUUUUCCGUUAUGCAUCUGUAGAAUAAUUUUAUUGAGUAUAAAAAAUAAUAAAACAGGAAAAUAAAAAUUUUUUUUUUGGUUUUUUAUGUAAAUUACAUUUAUACAUUGUAUCCCAUAUAUGUAAAGAGUGAAAGGGACGGGGACGGGGACAGUGAAAUAUGGGGAGUUCGGAAACUGGAGUGGAUUGCAGCGCGCGAAGUAUUGUGUGGGUCCGGAGGCGAAAUGGGUCUUGGUGGCCAGGAAAGAUAAUAGGGACAGAUGAGCUCUCGGCAUCCCAUAUAACGUCUCCAAGGUCCGGAACACCAGUUAAGCUUCUCGGAAGGGAGGAUGCUAGUGUAGAUUGGUACAAUUUGGAGAAGUCUAAACGUGUGAAGGCUUUUAGAUGUGGCGAGUUUGACGAGUGUAUAGAAAGGGCUGAAGCUGUGCAGGGCAUGCCUCCAAAGAAAAGAGAGAAAUAUGCACGUCGGGAAGAUGCAAUCCUCCAUGCUCUUGAGCUCGAGAGGCAAUUAUUGGAGACAAGUGGGAAAGUGGGUUAUGCUUCUAACGAUAGAAUCAAGAAGUCUGAAGAUGUCACUUCUUCAGGUCACUAUGAAAAUGGAAGUGGAAAUCAGAUAGAUCCCAGAUCUCUUCAAGUUUCUGAGAGCCUUGGUAGGACAGUUGCAGAGAACCAUGUGGCAAAUCAUAUGCACGGAGAUGAGGAAGUCAGAGAGGGAAAUCAACUGAGAGGAGAUUAUGAUAAUGCUGGUGUACUGCCCCGGAUGAGAGGAUUGCAGGACGUUGGUCUUCGGAGUGGUCCGCUAAUGCAUAAGCUUUCUCCUGCAAUAGCUUCAAAUGUUUCUCUGAAACCAGUUGUUAUCAGCACUCCUGCACUCCCUAACGAUGCUUUUUCAGCAGAUGAUAAAGUUAAUCCCAACAUAGAAAAAAUGUCAGACGAUGAGAAGAGUUUGGCUGAAAGCUUGCCUGACGAAUCCGUUGUCAGGAGGCGUGACAGGCAGCGCCCUCUUAUUCAAGUACUGGAAAAGAGUGCAAAAUUACCAGUUCCAGACUCUCAGCCUGAUGAUGGUUCUGCUACUAUCAAUACAUCAGAAGAGGGGCUUCCAGGAGUUUCAUUCCGUGCAAAGAGAGGCAGAAGUGCCUAUCUAGCAACUGAUUCUGAUAGUUAUUUAAAUAAUUAUGGAAUUCAUUCUUCUCAGAUAGAAACGUCAGUUUCUAAGUUUGAAGAAAGUGAUAAGCCACAUUCUGCUGAUUAUGGCGAUGAGCACACUUCUGGGUCCACAGAGGAUACUGAAACAGAUUCUUCUGGGAAUGAUUCUCUGGAAUCAGAUUCGGAUGACGAGAUGACUGCAAUCUCAGAUGGUUCUGCGUCUAUAGAAUUACAACCCAAAUAUCCAAGAAGGAUUGAAGAACAAGGAAGCAUGACCAGUGAUGACCUUGAAGAACUGGAAUUUGGGGACGACGUCCCUCGUUCUUUUCGCAACAACCCGCUCUCGGCUAGCAUGGGAGUGUCCAGGUGGCAGCUGAAAGGGAAAAGGAAUAACCGUGGUCUUAUGAAGAGGUCUGAUGCAGAAGUUUCUGGAGGAUAUAUAUAUCGAGGACGGUCAAAUUGGAGCAGUAGUGGUAAAAAGUCUGAUUUGAUUGAGAGAAGUUUUAGGACCGGCAUGCCUGGAUAUAGAUCUACAUGUCUCCCAGAUGGCUUGGCUCGGAAUGAUCAGUCGUCCAUGAGAGGAUAUUGGGACGAUUCUCUCGAUCCUCUAUCUGCUCAGCAUCAUUUUGGUGGAAGUACCUUGUUGGAUGUGGAUUUGAAGGUUCAGGCGAACAACUACUGUAGAGACGUCCCUAUUAUCUCAAUGCAGAGUAAGCUAAAUGGACGUGCUAUAAUAGGGCACCCUAUCCAAGUUGAAGCUCUUGAAAGUGGUUCCUCAGAAAACUUUCUUCCUGCUACCAAUCAUUUUUAUCCUGAAACAUCGGAGAAUCAUAUGGCGCUUACACCCAUAUGGAGUACUGCUCGUAGAACUGCCAAUUUUCGGGUUCCACGCCCACACGUGUCCUCAGCAAUGAGUAGUGAAAGUAAACCAGAUCUUCAAGUUGUUGUUGACCAAGACAAACAAAUCCCAUUUGGACACCCUCAACAUUUGGACAGGAGAUUCCCAAGAAAUUCACCGAGGAAAAUUAAUCCGUCUUCCAACCAGAAGACAAGAACACUUUCAUCGAUUGCUUCAGAACCUAAACAUAGUAUUGAUCAUAGAAUUGGAGGCAACAAUUAUCAAGCAGACGGGCUGAUGAAAACCCAGGACGUGCCUACAACUGUAGCUUGUAUACCUGUUAAGCUGGUAUUCAGUAGGUUGCACGAGGAGUUUGAUGGGUACCAUCAGGAAUGAAAUUCCGAGUCCUGAUGAUGGAUGUGAAAUAAUAGAACGGUGAUCGCUAUUAGCCUUGUGUAAAUUCUUGGAAACCAAUUAUCAUAUUGAACCCCAGGUUCAACAUCUUUUCAUUGAAAGCCCCAUCUAUGGAUUUGUUUUGGUCGAAAAACCUGUAGAACAGGAUUGUUUGUGAAAUGAAAGCAUAGGAUAUUUUGAGGUAUGUAUGUUUUGCUGGGCUUUGUAUACAUGAAAGGGUGAUACUUUGAUGUGCUCUAUGGAUAGAAAUACAUAAUGUAGAUUUUAUGUAGAAGAUCACAUCGUUGUUUUUUUC